CGCAGCGCCGCCCCGCACAGGGAAAGAUGGCGGCGCCCGAGGCGGCGUGGAACCGCGUGGACGUGCCGUGGCCCGCUAGCAGCAGCGCGGUGGCCGUGACCGCCCAGCACCCCGCAGUGAGCUGCCUGCCGGCCCUGCGGCGGCGCUGCGUUGGCGCCCUGAAGCGGCUGUCCGGGCCGGGCCUGGCCGCCGAGGGACGCGUCUUGCGGGCCCUGCUCUACGUCUUCCACAGCAGGCUGCUGCGGCACCGGCCUUACCUGGCUAUGCAGCAGGUAGAACAAUGCUUGAAGCGCCUGUGGAAAAUGAACUUGGUGGGCUGCAUUGAAACCCUGGCAGAACUGAUUCCCAGGAAAAAUAAAGCCGAGGCCCAAGCGGAGUGCUUAGUUCCCAGCCAGCCUAUGCUGGAAACGGUGGCCGUGAAGGUGCUGGGAGGCUGUAAGCUCAUACUGCGUCUGCUAGACUGUUGCUGUAAAGCAUUUCUCUUGUCUGUUAAACAUCUCUGUUCAGAAGAAUUCAUACUUUUGAACACCGUGGCUUCAGGCUUGUUGAGCAGGCUAUGGAUUCAAUACAGGUGUGUACUGCAGAGCCUUAUCUCCCUGUAUGGCGUGGUAUCAACAUCACUUCAUCUGGUGUCUGAGACCCAGCAGAUGCCUUACAUCAAGGGAUUUACCUUCCCUUCUGAUAUCAGUAGCUUUCUUGGAGUUAACCUUUCUUCUGAGGUGAAGAAACAAAAAGCUAAAAUGCUUACAGCAAAAAGACCUACCAGCUGGCUGAAGAAGCUCUUCCCAACCACAUCAGAAGCAGUGUCAAAGGUUGGGAAAAAGAGAGGUUUUGUGACCCCUGCAAGUGCUGUGAAAAACCACAGCAUCCCUGCGGAUGACAUUGGAGAACCCGUUCUGGCAACCAGAGACAGCAGAGGGAACCACCUGUGGUUUGAUGUGAAGAGUUUGCUUAGACCAUCCAGACCUCCAGUACAAAGGGGUAGAUGCACGACAUCAAAACCUUUUAAAGAAGCAUCAGUGUCACUUUCCUCUUCUGUGGCAAAAUUGCAGCAAGCUGGGCCUUUUGUACAGAUGUUUCAAACAGCUGCAUCUUUUGGUGAGCUGUCAGAGGCACUCAGAAAAGCUAUUCUGUGGUGCAAAGGCAAUAAACUCAAAUCAGCAGCUUAUUUUCUGCGCAGCAAGUUGUUGAAAAGCAAUCGGCUGCACCACGUGGAGGCGCAAGGAUGCAGCUUGCAGAAGAAACUGUGCUGUGUCAAAACAACGCUCUGUAAAUACCUCCUGCAUGGCUCACAGAACACACGCUGGCCAAGGCAGUACCGUGGGGCAUGGUUCUUUCAAAGGAGGGCAAAAUUCUCCAAGUGCUCAAAGAGAAUUCUGAAGACUGUUCAGCAAAAACCUUCUGAGCUUUUUGGGGACCAUGUGAGCAGUGUUUCACCCAUCGUGAGGCCUUCAAGUUGGAAAGGAUGUCCCAUCAUUCAUACAGCCUCUGUGAAACAAAGUACAGCAGGGACUCCUAAACAGCUGCUGUUAAAAGAAAGCCCCAAGUCUGUGCACAGAGAUUCUGAGAAUGUGGAUAUUGAUUCUAUUUUUGCAGUAAUGGGUGUCUGAUUCUGGACUGGGAAGAAGAGACAUGUCUCGUUUUUCUAAGUAGAACUCGGAAUGCCUCUAAGUGUCUUGGUACCUCAUACACCAAGUUCUGCUAUCAAAGGAAUAACUAUCUUAUUUUUUUUUAAGUUUUUUUUUUUCCUUUUUUAUGGAACAGUGUUCAAAACAGAUGAGCAAUCUUUAUCCUUUUACCCAGCCUUGUCCAGGGACUGCAGCUUUGAGUUACUUCCUACUCAGUGCCUUUUCCCUUUUGCUGGGACCACCUGUUAUUCGUGCUGUGCAUUGAACAGCACUUAAUUACCACCCAAGGCAGAAAGCUGCAGCUGAUCACUUGCUGCUGCUCAGGCCUAAAGAUCUGCCCCUUCUCCAUAAAGUGUUAUAACUCCUCUCUUGCUGUUUGUACAGACAAGAGCCUUGACUUGCAGUGUUUUCACCGUUCUAUACUUGUUAUCCUUGUCGUGAAAAGAAGUUAACCAAAUCCUGCUGCUUUGGAAAUAGGGCAAAGCACAGCCAGAGCCUGCAAGAGUAAACCUACCUUUGAACAAGUC